AUGGCGCUUGUAGACGAGGUCGAGCGUGCGCUGCACCAGCCGCUCAAGCUGCUCCUCGUGCCGCCGCUCGAUGCGCUGUUUGCCCAGCUUGUUCCACAGGUUCGCAGCGUGGAUGUGGUUCAGGCUCGUGCUGUGGCGAGCAAAGAGCGAGAGCAGCUCGUCGGUGCCGCUGGCAUGGGAGAUCUUGCUGUUGAGCUGUUUAGCAUUGAGCUGACCACUGGCAGCAGAGCUCUGCCCGACCCCCGCCAACGCCUGACCACCGGCAGCACAGCCGCUAGCAGAGGGGCGCUCAUUGCGCAUUCGUGCAUCGCGGCUCUGCCGCUCGUCGCGUCUUCGUUCAUUGAGGAUCGGCGGUGCCAUCCAGCGAUCGCUGGGCUGAGGCUGGCAGUCGCGCCUGAAAUCGUGGGACCGGUCAUCGCGCCGAUCGUACCAGUCACGCUCGCGCUCGCCUCUGCAGCAACUGUCGUCAUAGCCGUGAUGCAGCCAUGGUUCGCCUCGCCAACGCUCAUCGCGCCAUGGCUCGUCGUGACCUCGCUGAGGGGGCCAUCGUGGUUCAUCGCGCCUUCGAAGCUCAUCGCGCCAUUGCGGCACACGAGCGCGUGUGCAGAUUUCUUUUGUGCUGAAGGUGGAGUCAAAUUCACCGGAGGCCGUGUCGACGAUUUCGUCAAGCUUUCCAAGGCCGCCAACAAGUUGAUUCACGGCCGCACGUGUGCGCAGCCAAGCGCCGAUGUCUUUGCGCCAAACCGCACGGGUUGUGUUGCGUUUAAACCGCCUGUCUUAAAUGCAGGAACGUUCUUGUGUUCAGCAUAG